CUGAACGCAUCUUUAGGUCUUUUUCUUUUUACCUCUUUUAAAAUUGUGAGAUAAUCGAUAUGAAUUUUAACAUCCUAACUACAAGAAUUAUUUUAGCAUGAAAAUUGAAGGAAUGUAACCAUACAAGUUAAGGCUACCUUAUUUACCAUUUAUUAUAAGAUUGAUAUGUAUAUAUUUAAUUUGGUCGCGUUACCUACAGAAGGACUUCGUACUCCUUAUGUGAAAUCAGUCUAAAUUGAACCUUAUGUCCACCGCAUGUUCUCUUUCAGCUGAGUGUGGACUGUGCUUGUCGCCGUCAAAUUGCUGGCGGAUUUAAUUUCUGGUGUUGUGAUGGCUCUCGGUAGUGAAGUGAAUGAUAAAGCUACAAAAAGUACUUCACAAAAAGUGAAAAAAUGUCCAGCUAGCAGUAACGGGAACGACAAAAUUGGCUAUGACAAUGUUAAAGUCGAGAAACAAGAGAAGCCAUUUUCAAAGAUGAAAACGGAGGCUACCGUCAGAGUGUCUUGCAGUAACGGUCAUGCGAGUGUGCCUAAUGGGCGAGGUGACGAUGAGGGUGGUGGCAGAAGUGUUGCUCCUGCACCUAGGGUUUCUUAUGCAGCAGCUGCUCGUAAACCACCAUCGCCGCAAACCAACAGCACUCCUGCGCCUUUCUCGCCCAAUACAGAAUCACAAAAAGAUAAAGUGAACAACGAGAAGUCAUCACAACCGAAGGCUACAAAUUCGGCAACAAAGGUCAAUGGACAAGGUUCAAUAUCGAAUAAUAGCAAGAAAGAUGUUUUAUGUACCAAAGAAGCAAUAGUUAACGGAACAGAAAAUGCACAUGUUAAAAUUUGUAAUGGUGAUCCAAAAAAGGAUUCAGAUUGUGAUAUUAGUAGUAAUGAUAACGCUAAAAUAGUUACUAAUGGAAUUAACAGUGACACAGAUGAUACCAAAUCGAGUACAUCUGAUGAAGCACAUCAAGAAACAGUUCCUGUAGUCUGUCCAAUUAAAACUACAGAGAUUAAACCUACAAUAGGUAAGAAAAAAGAUAACAUUAAAAUUAAAGGAUUGACCAAUACAAAUGAUUCAGACAAACAGACAAAACCUGAUGCUGAUCUUAAAAUCACAGAAAGUAAGAAAGAAGAGGUAGAGGUUUUAAAUAAUGGCGAUAAAGAGACUGAUUGCACAAAUGGCGAUAACAAUAAAAUAAUUAAUGGUGACAAAGAUAGAGCGUCUACUCCGAGUGAGGAUGGUGAUGAGAAGAAAAGAGAUCCUGAAGUUUUAUUUAUUCAAGAUAUGGGAUUCACUGUCAAAAUUGUUAGCCCUGGAGCUGAACCAUUAGACAUACAGGUCUCAAGCAUGGAAUUGGUACAAGAAAUACAUCAGGUCUUAAUGGAUCGUGAAGACACAUGUCACAGGACUUGUUUCUCGUUACAACUUGAUGGAAUCACUUUAGACAAUUUUGCUGAGUUGAAGAACAUUGAAGGAUUAAAAGAAGGUUCUGUUAUUAAGGUAGUCGAAGAGCCAUACACGAUGCGUGAAGCCAGAAUUCAUGUACGUCACGUGCGUGAUUUGCUAAAGUCUAUUGACUACACUGAUGCCUAUGCUGGUCAAGAAUGCAGUUCUCUCGCUUUCCUGAAUGUCAUCACACAGGGCGACAUAUUAGAGAAGAAAAAAUCUCGUCCUGAAAGCGUAGACUGCACUCCGCCAGAUUACAUAAUGCCUGGCAGUACUGAAAGACCUCUGCUACCGCUUCAUCCAGGUCUCACUAAAGAAAAUAAAGCAUCACAGUGCCUUAAGGUGCUGACCACCUCUGGUUGGAACCCGCCGCCGGGCCCGCGCAAGAUGUGCGGCGAUCUGCUCUACCUGCACGUGGUCACCCUCGAGGACCGCCACUUCCAUAUCACGGCGUGUCCCAGAGGAUUCUACCUCAACCAGUCCACUGAAGAAUUGUUCAACCCUCGUCCGUCGAAUCCUGCGUUGCUGUGCCAUUCUCUGAUCGAGUUGCUGAGUAUCGUAUCGCCCGCUUUCAAGCGCAACUUUGCUCUAGUUCAGAAGCGACGAAUGGCAAAGCAUCCGUUUGAAAGGGUCGCCACUCCCUACCAGGUGUACCAAUGGGCUUCCCCGAUGUUAGAACACACCAUCGACGCUAUACGUGCUGAAGACACGUUUUCGUCAAAGUUGGGUUAUGAAGAGCACAUACCCGGACAGACACGCGACUGGAACGAGGAGUUACAGACGACGAGGGAGCUGCCGCGCUCCACUCUGCCAGAGAGGCUUUUGCGUGAACGUGCCAUUUUCAAGGUCCACAGCGACUUCGUAGCAGCGGCUACUCGCGGCGCGAUGGCCGUGGUGGACGGUAACGUAAUGGCGAUCAACCCCGGCGAGGAGCCCAAGAUGCAGAUGUUCAUAUGGAACAACAUAUUCUUCUCGCUAGGCUUCGACGUGCGCGACCACUACAAGGACCUCGGCGGUGACGCUGCGGCGUUCGUCGCACCGCGCAACGAUUUACAAGGCGUCCGCGUAUACAGCGCCGUAGACACUCCCGGCUUACACACAUUAGGCACUGUGGUGGUUGACUAUCGAGGUUAUCGGGUCACCGCUCAGUCCAUCAUACCCGGCAUAUUGGAGAAGGAGCAAGAACAGAGCGUCGUUUACGGCAGCAUCGACUUCGGCACCACUGUACUCUCACACCCCAAGUACAUGGAGCUGCUAAACAAAGCGGGCCAGCAGCUGAAGAUUAUGCCUCACUCGGUGAUCAGCGCGAACGGCGAGACAGUGGAACUUUGCUCGAGUGUGGAGUGCAAGGGCAUCAUCGGCAACGACAGCCGCCACUACAUUCUUGAUCUGCUGCGAACCUUCCCGCCUGACGUCAACUUCCUGCAGCUGGAAGAUGAUGAAUUGAGAGAAGAUAUCAAAUCCAUGGGCUUCCCCAUUAUACAUAAGCACAAAUUAUGUUGCCUUAGACAGGAGUUGGUUGACAGUUUUGUCGAAGCUCGCUAUUUCAUGUUCAUUCGCUACGCUGCAUUCCACUUGCAACAGUUGAGUGCGAAAAGACAGCGUGAAACUGCUGAACAAAAAUCAAUUGAGUUAAAGAAAGAUGAAGAAGUUAAGGAAACCAAUGAGACUGAUAAAAAAGGAACCAAGCGUGACAUUAAGAGUCAGGAAAAAGAAGUAAAAGACAAAAAACAAAAGAAAGAAGAGAAGAGGGAGAAAGCUGAGAAGAAAGAGAGGGAAGAAGUGAAAAAUAAAGAAUGUGCCAAAAAAGAGGAGGCUAAAAAAGAUGAAGCAUCAUUGCCAAAAGAAGUGAAAGAAGAUAAAGAUGAGGAACUAUUAUUGAAUGAAAAUUAUUCUGACAUUGAUACAGAUGUAGCUAAAAAGAUUGUAGAAAGCAUCACAGAUUCCAUAUGCAGUGGUGACAAACAAGAAAGUGAUUCGGGCGAACGUUCCCGCGCCGUGGUUGCAUCAGCGGCGCGAGCGGUCGCAUCACUCAAGGAGUCCGAGUUCGAUGUCCGCUUCAACCCUGAUGUUUACUCUGCGGGCAUCAAGCACGCCGCCACUCCUGAACAUUUGGCCAAACAGAGGCAUCUCGUUAAGGAAGCCGCCGCUUUCCUGCUUACCACGCAGAUACCCGCCUUUGUCCGUGAAUGCUUGGAGCACACGUCCGCACCGAUGGACGGCGCAGGCCUGACUGAGGCGUUGCACGCGCGCGGGAUUAAUGUGCGCUAUCUGGGUCGGGUGGCGAGCGCUCUAAAACCGCAUGCGCACCUCGCCUACCUGCACGCCAUCGCGGUCGGCGAGUUGCUGCUGCGCGCCGCCAAGCAUCUGUACACCGCAUACCUACAGGGUUGCGAGCCGAUGUGCAUCGGUGGCGCUGCCGCGCACUUCCUGAACUGCCUAUUAGGCACGUGGGCGACACCGGUGGCGAGCGCCGGCGACGCGCCCGUUGCGGCGGGAGGGAGGGCGGGGUCGCGCGGGGGGCGGGGCCGACGCACGCGCCGGCACCACCACCAGCCCCUACCGCAACACCACCAUGCCUCCGACUGGCAGAACCUCACGCCCAAGGCGCUCUUCGGGCAGAUCAAGAGCGAGCUCAAGACUUACUGGGGCUAUGAACUUAACGCUGAUAAUAUGGAGUCUGUUAUAGAAAAACAUGCCCUGCAAAAAAUUUCGCUGCUCAGGUCGUUCGCAUUGAAAGUAGGAUUGCAAAUGUUGUUGCGUGAAUAUGAUUUUGAUAACAAGAACAAAGCAACUUUUAGCAGUGCCGAUAUCAUGAAUAUUUUCCCUGUUGUCAAACAUAUCAAUCCCAGGGCGUCAGAUGCUUACAACUUCUACACAACGGGUCAGAACAAGAUUCAGGCGGGCGCCGUGUCCGAAGGGCACGAAUUAAUCACCGAAGCUUUGAACCUUUUGAACAAUGUUUACGGCGCGAUGCACGGAGAGAUUGCACAGUGCCUUCGCAUGGUGGCGCGACUUUGCUACGUCACCGGCGAGCAUAGGGACGCGAUGGCGUAUCAGCAGAAGGCCGUGUUUAUGUCGGAGCGCGUCAACGGCAUCGACCAUCCGUACACCAUCACUGAAUACUCUCAUCUGGCGUUGUACUGCUUCGCCAAUGGUCAAGUGAGCACAGCGCUCAAGUUAUUGUAUCGUGCGCGGUACCUAGCGUUGCUCGUGUGCGGUGAAAACCACCCGGAAAUGGCACUUCUGGACAGCAACAUCGCGUUGAUCCUUCACGCGGUGGGAGAGUACGAGCUCUCCUUGCGAUUCGCCGAGCGCGCGCUGAACGUGACGUGCGCAGUGCACGGACCGCGUUCGCUGAAGGCGGCCGUCGCGCGCCAUCUGCUCGCGCGCACGCUCUCCUGCCUCGGUGACUUCCGCGCCGCGCUACAGCACGAGAAGGAGACGUACUCCAUAUACAAGCAGAUUUUGGGCGAGAAGCACGAGAAGACACGCGAGUCGUCCGAGUGCCUGCGUCACCUGACGCAGCAGGCGGUGGUGCUGCAGAAGCGGCUGGCGGAGGCCUACGGGCGCGCGCCCCCCGCACCGCCACCACUCCACAUCCAGCCGCCAGGCAUGGCCUCCGUCAUCGACAUGCUUAACCUCAUCAACGGGAUCCUGUUUGUGCAGAUCAGCCCCCAAGACAUCGAACAAUUCAAGGCGGAGAUAGAAAAGAGGCAGCUCAAGGAUCUACCUAUUCCGGGAAUACUGAACGACGCGGGUGGUAAAUCGGAGCAGAAGGAUUCGGAGGAAUCGGCCGGCGAACUGUCCAAGGAGCCGCCGAAGGAGGCCGGCGGCAGUUGAAACCUUCGUUACCAUCGGCCCGCCCCCGAGUGCCGAGUGUAAGUCUCGAUACUCGUUCGUGUUAACGUAAACGUGAUUUUUUUAAUAAACAACGAUGUUCUCUUCUCGAAUACCGUAUGAUGCCAUGUGUACGCAAACGCGACCGAUCAAAAUCAGUACUUUCACUCAGCGCUCUGUACUAAGUUUAGUGACACCCAGCCGGCGCUAGGGGCUCCUCCUGUACUGGGAGUCCCCUUCCCACAUACAAUGUUAUUAUAGUUAUUGAUUGAUGAUAUUGUUCCUUAUCUAUGAAUGUAUGCUGUAGUGAAUAGUGUGCUAAGGUUUGAUGUAGAUUUUUGUUAGUCAAAUUUUGAGGAUAUUAUUUUGAUCAAAUUAAUUAAGAGUUAAAAUUUUAUGAUGAUUUUUUCGUCACAGUGCAAUAGAUUUAUUUUAUGCGUACGCGUAUACCUACCUAUAUUUCGCUCAAAUCACGCAGAUUUAGGUUUAAUUUUAUGCUUCCGUUAGGAAUUUACAAUUUUAUGAACACCCAAAGUAGUGCAAUUUGGACGUAGUGAUAAUAGCAAUAAGUUUUGGUUGUGAACCUGAGACCGCGAGCGCGUCGCUAUGUUAUGGUACUGGUGCUACUGCCAACCCUUCGUAUAUGAUGAUUUUAUGAAUUGUUAGUGUCAAGUAUUAUUUUUUUUUAUUAGUGCGGGAGCAUAUUGUUGAGAUACCCAUAGUAGUAGAAAUUCAGUGAUAUUGUCAUUGAAAUGUAACAGGAUUUGUGUGACUUGGGUCCGAUUAAUGAUUUAUCACCUUCUUUAUUUACCUUUACUUGUAUCACUGCCUCUGCUGUUACUUAUGUAGUUUCAGGUUUUAGUAAUUAGUGCCAUAUGUAGUGAAUGUAAGUUCUUUUAUGUAAUUUUUCUGUUAGUCUGUGAUAUAGAAUGUUUUAUCAUUGAGUUACUUGCCUUUUUACCUUUGCCUAGUAGACCUUGUAAGUGAACUAUGAAAACGCUUUAAUAUUUCUGUAAACAAAAGGUAAAUACUUAAAUAAUUUUAACAAAGUAUGUAUUCUAUUUAAACAUACACAUUUUCUUCUUACGACAGUAAUGUGUUGAUGCAUUAGUGAAUUGUGAGAGAAAAAUUAAAAUGAACGAAAUUAUGUAGCAGUACCGAAAGUUGUUAUACGAAAUCCUAGGUUCCAUAAUCGCAUAUAUGAUAUGAUAUACAAGCAAGUGUUAUUAUUCUAUAAAUUUACACUAUGCACGUUAUAACCAAAGCUUUAAAUUACAGGUUUAUGUUUACCAGUUAAUGUUGUAGCGGCGACACUGCUUUUAAUACUAUUACUAAACCCUUUACAGAUUUUAUUUUCUUGCUAAUUUUUUAUAUAGUAUAACAUUUCAGUUACUUGUAUUAAUGCAUUUUAAAGUAUAUUAAUUUAAUGAUUAUUGUGUCUGUUGUCUUUGAUUCAUCAGCGAUUCUGUUUUCGAGCCAUCUUAUUUUUAAUUUGAAUGUGAAGUGUGUUCAUUUAAGUGUCCAUUCUAAAACGUUUUAUUUCAAUGAGUUUGUGUAUUCCAAUAAAAGUAGUGUGCGCGUUGCUGCACGGUUUUGGAAAUGUAUCACAUUAGAUUUACAAAAUGGGCGUGGACUCAACUGUACACUGAAUACUAUUAGGUAGUAAGAUACUAAAACUCCGUAGUUCAUAAAUAAGUUUUCAUUUACCAAAUGAAAUAAUUUGUGGGUGUCUGCAACGAGGCCCUCGUUUGCUAUUUAAAAUUCAACUUUGUAGUCUCUCUCGCAAAGUUAAUUUGUGAAAAAUUGGAGUAAAUGUGGUUACUAGCACUAGUGCCCAUUCAUGUAUCCGAAAUUAAUUAAGGAUGUUAUAAGAUGAAGCAUGUGCCUAAGCAAACAAUAAUCAAGUUGUUGUUGUUACAUUUCGUUAACAAUAUGAACAUGUAAAUACGGCGCUGUUCGUAGUAUACUAAUAAAAAUCCGUUUUU